GAGACUGAAUACGAAGCAGAUCUUUACGGGGACGGCGAAGAUAACCGCGAGGAGUCAACGCAACAAGAGACGACUCAGAGCCCGGUCGAACAGAAGCAGCCUGCCCCUGCAGAAGUCAAGCAUGAAGAGAAACAGUCGCUGAUCAAGAAGGAAAGCUCGUUGCCACCAAAGCCCCCAUCGUCCUCGGAGCUCUCCUACUCAGCCCAAGUUGCUCAGCAAUUUUCUGCGUACAAGCAGACUCCUGCGCAGGAGCGCCAGCAGUACCAGGCCUCGAACGCGUCUGGGUCCAAAACGAAUGGCGCCGCCGACGCAUAUGACGAUGGCCGCCGGGCUGUAAGGCCAUCGGAAAUGAAAGACGAAGGGUGA